AUGAAGACUACUUCUUUCGUUCGAGCGGCUUCGCUGCUAUCCUCUCUUUUCGCUCCUGUCGCCAUUGCGCAGGAGAAGUUCACCCACGAAGGCACUGGGAUUGAGUUCUGGCGCCAGGUAGUCAGUGACUCCCAGACAGCAGGUGGUUUUGAGUGGGGCUGGGUCUUGCCCGGAGAGCCCACAGGCGCCAAUGACGAAUACAUCGGUUACAUCAAGGGUUCACUUGAAGCGAACAGGCAGGGAUGGUCUGGUGUCAGUCACGCUGGCGGCAUGCCCAACUCUCUUCUGCUCGUUGCAUGGCCGGAGACCGAUGCCGUCAAGACCAAGUUUGUCUGGGCAGGUGGUUAUGUUGCUCCUGACGACUACACUGGCAAUGCGACUUUGAGCCAGAUCUUUCACUCGGUCACCGACACACACUUCGAAAUUGUGUACCGAUGCGAGCACUGCUGGGUCUGGAACCAAGGCGGUGCUGAAGGCUCUCAACUUCCUACCACCGAAGUCAAUGUCAUUGGUUGGGCCCAGCACGACAAGAUCUACGACGGCACAUGGGUCUUCCACAACAAGGGACAGUCUCAAUUUGGUGCUCCCACAGCGGAUGCAAGGAACGCGAAAUACUCUGACUAUGUCAAACUGGUAGGUGGCCAGCCUUCUGGUGCACCCACGCCCACCCUGUCGGGCCAGCCAUCAGCCACUCCCACUCCCACUCCAACUGCACCAGUCAAGUGCGCCGGAUCUCCUGCUCCUUCAGGCUCAUUCGAUUACAUCGUCAUCGGUGGUGGUGCUGGAGGUAUCCCCGUAGCGGACAAGCUCUCUGAGUCUGGCAAGAGCGUCCUCAUGCUUGAGAAGGGACCGCCAUCUCUCGCUCGCUUUGGCGGAAAGAUGGGCCCUGAUUGGGCUACUAGCAACAACCUGACCCGUUUUGACAUUCCCGGUCUCUGCAACCAGAUCUGGGUUGACUCCGCAGGUGUUGCUUGCACUGACAUCGACCAAAUGGCUGGUUGUGUUCUUGGUGGAGGUGCUGCUGUCAACGCUGCGCUUUGGUGGAAGCCGGUCGACAUCGAUUUCGACUACCAAUUCCCCGCCGGCUGGAAGUCAGCUGAUGUGAAGGGCGCGAUCGACCGUGUGUUCAAGCGCAUCCCUGGUACCGACACUCCUUCCGUCGACGGCAAGCGUUACAAGCAGGAAGGUUUUGAUGUCCUGUCUGGUGCGCUUGGUGCAGAUGGCUGGAAGAGCGUCGUUGCAAACAACCAACAGAACCAGAAGAACCGCACAUACUCUCACUCUCCGUUUAUGUACGACAACGGUCAGAGGCAGGGACCUCUCGGUACCUACAUGGUCUCUGCCCUGGCGAGGAAAAACUUUAAGCUCUGGACAAACACCAUGGCUCGACGAAUCGUUCGCACUGGCGGAGCAGCUACCGGUGUUGAGCUGGAGAGCGGUGUCGGUGGUACUGGUUACUGCGGUACCGUGAACCUCAACCCUGGAGGUCGUGUCAUUGUUUCUGGUGGAGCUUUCGGAUCCUCAAAGGUUCUCUUCCGCAGUGGCAUUGGACCAAAGGAUCAGUUGAACGUUGUGAAGAACAGCGCCCUCGAUGGCUCGACGAUGAUCGGAGAGUCUGACUGGAUCAACCUCCCCGUCGGCCAAAACCUGAACGAUCACGUCAACACUGACCUUGUCAUCAAGCACCCCAACAUCUCUUUCUACGACUUUUACAAGGCGUGGGAUGCCCCUAUCGAAGCUGACAAGGACCUGUAUCUUGGCAAGCGCUCUGGUAUUCUUGCUCAGUCUGCUCCCAACAUCGGCCCUCUUGCUUGGGAAGUCAUCACUGGAAGUGACGGUAUUGACCGAUCGAUCCAGUGGACUGCUCGCGUUGAAGGCCCUGGCGCCAACGACACUCACCACCUAACCAUCAGCCAGUACCUCGGUCAUGGCUCUACUUCGCGUGGUACGCUUUCGAUCAACGGUGCUCUCAACGUCUAUGUCAGCAAAGCACCCUACCUCCAGAACGAAGCCGACACCGGUGUGGUUGUUGCAGGUAUCAAGAGCAUGAUGAAGGCCAUCAAAAAGAACCCGGCAAUCGAGUUUCAAGUACCUCCUGAGAACAUGACGGUUGAGGCAUACGUUGCCAGCCUUCCCAAAACCCCAGCUGCCCGUCGCGCCAACCACUGGAUUGGUACCGCGAAGAUCGGAACCGAUAGCGGUCUUACUGGUGGAACCUCUGUCGUAGACUUGAACACUCAGGUGUACGGAACCCAGAACAUCCACGUAGUUGAUGCUUCUCUAUUCCCUGGUCACAUCUUCACCAACCCUACAUCCUAUAUCGUUGUGCUCGCGGAACAUGCCGCUGCUAAGAUUCUUGCACUUGGUGCAAGCAGUGGAGGUGGUAAGCCUUCGUCGUCCAUGCAGUCAUCUGCAGCCUCCGCUAAGCCCACCACCUCGAAGGCGCCAACUAAGUCGUCAACUGUAUCCGUAAAGCCGUCAUCGACGGCUAAGCCAACUACUAUCAAGACAUCUACAGCACCAGCGCCUACUCCCACCAAGGUGGCUAACGCCUGGGAACAGUGUGGCGGUAAGGGCUACACAGGUCCAACAGCUUGUGUGAGUGGAUACAAGUGCGCGUUCAACAACGACUACUUCUCUCAGUGCAUUCCCAACUAA